UGGCGUCGAUGGCGUCUCGGGAGUCCUCUCCCCAGGAGCACCCAUUGUGCGAUAGGAACGUCGAGAAGCUUCGCGCUUUUAUUCGCGACACCGAGGCGCGCGCGAAGCCGCGUCCAGCCUUUUGUCCCACGCGACUCAUCCGAAUUGGAGAUGACAAGGGAAAGGAAGACAUCUGCUAUCUCGUAAUACCUGGUCCGGACCUCCUUCGGGACAAGAGGCCUCUGAGGUAUGCCGCGCUAAGUUACUGCUGGGGUCCGCUUGAGGAUGCGAAAGCGCAAUUCAAGACAGAGCGCGCUAGUCUGCCAGACCGCGUGUCCGGGUUCCGCCCUGAAGAGACGUCCCCGGUUAUGAGGGACGCCGUUGAGGUCUGCCGGGCUCUCGACAUACGGUACCUGUGGGUUGACGCUGUCUGCAUCGUCCAGGAUGACAGGGUCGACUGGGAGCGCGAGUCUGCAGAGAUGACUAAUAUCUACCGCGGUGCCUGCUUAACGAUCUGCACGCCGACUUCAACGUCAUGCCGCGAGGGGUUCCUGGAGAGGCGGGUUUUGACGGUUAACUUUCGUUCAAAGAUCGACCGCUCAGUUGUGGGUUCCUAUACGAUCAGGUCUUGUGGCGCGAUCAGCGACCCACGGGUCGCUAGGGGUGUCUACGGGGAGCUCGACCGCGUCGAUACGAGCCCACUAAGCAACUGGUGGAAACGCGGGUGGACAUAUCAGGAACUGCGGCUCUCGCGGCGUGUUCUCCUGUUCGGGAACAAGCUACUCGUAGACUUCGAGAACAGGGUGUGGUCGGAGAACGACGAGGAGAUGAUAGAGGUGGUAACUGGAGAGGUGUCGGCGGAGGGGAGGGAAGACAGGGCGAGAGGGGCUUUCGCCGGCAUCUCUCUGACCGGACAGUUCGACCUAGGUGAUGAUUGGAUGUCGACGGUGGAGGAGUACUCGGCGCGCCAGCUUACCUUUGAAACAGACAAGCUUCCUGCAAUGGCAGGCCUCGCGCGAAUGGAGGUUCAGGGUGGCGGAGAGUUGUACCUCGCAGGUAUCCGUCGAAAAUCUGUUCACCGCGAUGUGUUCUGGACACCCGAGCCACGGACCGGUGUCGCAGGGGAUGGAGAUGCGAGAGUUUCCUUCGACUCGCUGAUCAAAUCUCUCAACUCGCCGCAACCGUACGUCGCCCCAUCCUGGAGCUGGGCCCGCUGGCGAGGCAAAGUUCGCUUUGACGAGUCACCCGCGCCGUACGGUGACCAUGUACCUGUAAGAGACGGCGACGCUUGCUUUGCGAGGGCAUACGAGAGGAUCGACGUGUGGACAUCAGCGUCGGAAUCGAACCCGUUCGGCCAAGUCACGGGCGGGAGUCUUAAAAUUACUAGCACGGUGGUCCCUAUGCUGCCACGACUACAGCGCCAAGAGGGCUUCGACAACCAUUGGGAAAUGUACGAGGGUAACGGGUACGUGGCUAACAUUAGCUUCGAUUGGGACGAGCCGGAGGGCUGGGUGCCGUACGAACGGCUGUCUCUAGUGCUUAUCGGGAGCUACUGGAACUGGAGCACGUAUAGAAUCGCGAAAUUAAACCAGGAUGCGGAGGAGGAACAGGACGAUGACGAUACCGGCGAUGAAGCCGACCGGGAUGGAGAAGCGGACGUGGACAUGAUUUGGGGCGAGGGUGGAGACGACGACGACGAGGAUUCCAGCAGCGAAAGCGAUAUCAGCUUCGAAGCGGCCCUUAAUAGAGACGAAGACGCCGAUAAAUUUGCGUAUGGGCUCGUCGUGCACCCAGCCGAAGCGGAAGGGAGGUACUUCAGGGUCGGUGUUUUCACCUCGUGGCCUAAGGGGAGGGGUGGCCUCAAGAGGUUCUUCCAAGGUCGAGAUGCCCGUACGAUAGAAAUCAUAUAAUAGCAAGCUCUAAGACCGGCGGUAAGCCGUUCGCCCUUCCCAUGUAAAUCUCCAUUUCGUCGCAGUAGCACACACGUAACAACAACGCUGGCGCUUUGUUGGAUUGGCUCAGGUCGACGGCAUUUCUGCGUAUACGGGCGGAAUGCUGACUCGGGAUGGGCGGUGAUGGGAAAGGUGAGAUGUGUGUGAACGUGGGUAGUUUCAGGUAAAU